ACGGAGAGAUUGCUUUAAGAGCACCGCCUGCUAGAAAGCAGCCCGAGGAGAGAAACGAGCACUUUGGCGCCGUUCUUUCUUUUAUUUAUUUUUUUAAUUUUCUUUUUACAUUUUUUUUUUCAAAUUUACAAACAAUCACGUAACAAACAAAAAAGGUCUCACCUAGCCCUGUGGGUAUUUCUAAUUCUUUCUACUCCACAACCACUGGGUGCAAUUGGCCAGGCUGAUAAGUACGGGGAAGUGUCUGUCAUGCGCCUUUCUGUCCUCUAAGGGUACACAAGGCAAACCUGAGUUACAUUUGAGCUUACGUGCUUUUAGUGAGAAAACCAAAGUGACGAUCUGUUGCUUCCCUUGAGAUGGCUACAAAGAAGAAAGGGCCCAUACUUGCAGCUUGUCAAUUUCAACAUUUGGUCACAUGACCAGCACCUCCCUGCUAAGGAUGGGGAUAGAUUUCCACGUCAGCUUACGUCUCCAAAUUUCUUACUUCACGGAUCUGCUUCAAAGAGGCAGCUGCAUUAGAGAAUCAUGUUAAGCUCAGCUAAUGCGGAGAACCCGAGGUAGCCUAAUGAUGGAUUUUGAUGAGCGCGUUCCUUGUUCCUCUAACAUGUAUUUGCCAAGUUGUACUUACUACGUCUCGGCUCCUGAUUUCUCCAGCCUCCCUUCUUUUCUGCCCCAGACCCCGUCUUCUCGCCCUAUGACAUACUCCUACUCUUCCAACCUACCCCAGGUCCAACCUGUGAGAGAAGUGACCUUCCGAGAGUAUGCCAUUGAUCCCUCCAGUAAGUGGCACGCCAGGAGCAAUCUGCCCCACUGCUACUCAGCAGAGGAGAUCAUGCACAGAGACUGCCUGCCUGCCACCAACACAGCUAGCAUGGGCGAGAUGUUCGGCAAAAACACAGCAAACGUCUACCACCCCACCACCAACGUCUCCUCCAAUUUCUAUAGCACGGUGGGGAGGAACGGGGUCCUGCCCCAGGCUUUCGACCAGUUUUUCGAGACGGCUUAUGGCACCACGGAAAACCUGUCCUCCUCGGACUAUUCCGUAGACAAGAAUGGCGAGAAAAUGCCUCCGGCAGCUGCUGCAACUUCAAGUUCGGAGGGAGGCUGCAGCAGGGAGGCAGGAGCCACAGCAGCAGAGGAGAAGGAGAGGCGGAGGAGGGCAGAGAGCAGCAGCAGCCCAGAGUCAUCUUCCGGCAACAAUGAGGAGAAAUCCAGCAGCUCCAGUGGACAACGCACCCGGAAAAAGAGAUGCCCCUACACCAAAUACCAGAUCCGAGAAUUAGAAAGAGAAUUCUUCUUCAGUGUCUACAUCAACAAAGAGAAGCGCCUCCAGCUCUCGCGAAUGCUCAAUCUGACCGACCGUCAAGUCAAGAUAUGGUUUCAGAACAGGAGAAUGAAAGAAAAAAAAAUCAACAGGGACCGAUUACAAUAUUACUCGGCUAAUCCACUACUUUAAAACUCGGAGCGGGUUUCGAGAGGAGAUUCCAUUCAGAUUUCUCCCUUGACAAGGUCAAGCCACAGGGUUACGUGGAAGGAAGAGGUGUGUAGCUGACGGGACUGGGAGACCUGAGAUUUUACAUACAUGUAAAUCC